AUGGAUCCACUACAUUUUUACAUCAAAACACGUAAAGUGAAAACACGCCCUCAACAUACGAUAUGUUUACUCCCAGAGAACAGUGAAGGUGAAAAUUUAUCAGACGAUGAUGAAUAUCCAACUCGGGCUUCUCGAGAUCCUUUAUUCAUACCGGAAAGUGAAGAUGAAGAAGAAGACGAAGAGGACGAGGAAAAAAAUGAACCAGAAGCAGAGGACAUUGAGAUUCUUUCUAAUUUUAUUGAAGAAGAAGUGGAAGUGUUGGGCGUUGAAUUAACUUCUACAGAACAAGGCCCUUCUACAUCAACUAAGCGAAGAAAAGUAAAGUUGGUUUGGUCUGAUGAAGACGUCUUGAUGCGCCAAGAUUCAAGGGUGUUUACACCAACCACACGAAAACGUGGACGUCCAGUGAAUCAAGAUGUCGAGGCAAUUAAAAAGGGGAAACGGCGAAGACGCAUAGAACUGCCUUCUACUGAAAUCGCGGGCGAUGAUUUCAAUCACUGGCCCGCACGGAAAACGGAUCGUCACGCUGUAAAAUGCAAGGAUGCACACAAAAAUCACAAGUAA